AUGUUCUCACCAGUUCUGCAGUUGUUGUAUAGGAAGGAAUUGAUUCCCAUACAACAGAUCCCCCGAUAUGUUCCACAAAUGCGAAUAGUGCGUGAAGCACAGGUAGAACAAUUUUCGGAUGAACAGCUUACUGAUGAAAGCGAUAAGGAACAUGAAGUGGGAAAUACCAGUGCAGUCAAAAUUACUGAUGAUUUUAUCAAAAGGAAAUCUAAGAGUUCUACUAAUGUGCAAACCAUUCAUUCUUCUCGUCUAGAGAUUCAAACAGGCUUGCUUUUACGAAGUUUGCAUGAUUCGGAACAUGAUUCUGGCAAUGAUGAAGACCACUCAGCGUUGUCUGCGAGUUCAGCAGCAACAACUUCCACAAAUCAAAACUUGGAUAUAUCGGAAGCGGAGAGUAUACAAAAUCCUGGUGAUCAUAAGGAAAAGAUGCAGUGUAGGCAUCGGGAUAUUGCUUUUCAACUGAAUGACGUGUAG